GUCAUUUUACUUCCUGUUUUGCGAUCAGAAGGCAAACACAGGGGGAGGAGAGGAGAUGAGGUACUAACGGAACAUUGGAGAACCUUGUUUACCCAACAAGACUACAAUUUUUUCAAUUUUUCGUGUAAAACCGUCGCAAAAAUGAUAAAGAAAGACGCAGUUAAGAAGCACAUGAAUCGUAUGAGGCAACUUGCUAAUCAGAAUUUAGGAAGAGCUGAAAAGACAGAGGUCCUCAACCAAGACUUGCAACAGUGUGAAAAACGAGUGGAACAAAUCAAGCAUGCUUGUCAGAACACGAGUAAAAAACUUUCAGCAUGUCAGCAAAGUCAAGGAACAGAUGUUGAGAAACGAAUGAAAAAACUUCCACAGCAUGCAUUAGCUCAAACAAUGGAAGAAAGUGGAAAAGAACUUGGAGAAAAUUCAAUAUUUGGAAAUAUGCUUCUCCAGGCCUCAGAUGUAUCAUUUAGCUUAGCCCUUGAACUUACAAGUUUUGAGACAAGUAUGGAGAAAUUUGUCAUCGCCCCUUUAAGCAGUGUACUUGAGAAUGAAAUUCCAGCAAUUGCAUCGGUAAAGAAAAGAUUGACUAAAUUAACUCUGGAUUUAGACUCUUCCAAAUCAAGGUACCAUCAAGCUGUCCGAGGCACAACGUAUGGAAAAACAAAUUUUGCUGAAAUGGCAAGUAAAACAGAAUCUCUGAAAACAGAGCAAGAAGAAUCGCAACACAAAGUAAACCAAACAAGGGACCAACUUUCAAUGGAGAUGAUGACGCUGAUAACGAAAGAAGGAGAAUUAGCAAGGACACUCAUAGACUUUGUCGAAGCUCAAGCUCAGUACCAUAGAAACGCCCUUACAAAAUUAGAACGAAUGAUUCCUGCCAUGAAGGAGAUUCUGGAGCAUGACGCUUUACAGCCGAUAUUCGGUUGCCCGCUAGAGGAUCAUCUUAAGAUUACGGAGCGGGAGAUAGCGUUGGUUAUUGAGGCAUGUGUCAUCACACUUGUCACAUUUGGUCUGGAGGAAGAAGGACUUUUCCGUCUGGCGGGCAGUCAGUCAAAAGUUAAAAAGUUAAAAGCAAUGUUUGAUUCCUGGGUUGAAAUUGAUAUGGCCGAAUAUGAAACUGAUUUACAUGCGGUUGCUGGAAUUUUGAAAAUGUAUCUUCGUGAGCUUCCAGAGCCAUUGCUGACCAACGAAUUAUAUGAUGAAUUCCUGCAGGCAGGGAGUAUAUCAGAUUCUGACAGAAGACUGCAAUCUUUAUGGACAGUAGCAAAUAAACUACCAAGCUACAAUAAUAAGAAUUUUAGGUAUUUGAUAAAGUUUCUAAAGAAAGUUUCUGAGCACAGUGAAGUGAAUAAAAUGAGUACGUCAAACCUAGCUCUGGUCAUUGCUCCCAACAUACUGUGGUCGGAAAAAGAACGAGGAGUUUCUGUAACAUCAACUGCAAUGGCUUCUCAAAUUGUUGAAUCCUAUAUUACUUAUGCAGAUUGGUUCUUCCCAGAAGAAAUUGAAUUUGAGGUAUCUGAUGCAUGUCCAAAUAAACGAAAUUCAAUGGAAAGGACCACGCCGGUAGCUGAUCAAACAGAUGCUGGCCACUCACCUGCACAGACUAAAGUCACUCCACAGCAGUCCCAAUCACCUAAAGAGGUUGUCCAGACCCCCACUUCAACUGUUACAACCCCUCUUCUUAACGACACACAUGCACCUACAGAAAGGACAAGGCCUGUACCAGCGAAAAGACCAAGCAAAAGAAAAGCACCAAAAGCACCAGCAAUCGGCACGUCAUUGUCCUCUCCGACCUCAACACUGACCAGGCAACACAGCGAUCAUUCGUUGUCACCGAACGUUAGUAACCAUUCAUCACGUGAUGGUAGACUCAGUGUGGAAAAUAUUGUUGAAAGUGAACCAGACACAUGCCCUCAACUAGAUACAUCGACGGAGUUACCGAUGUCUCCAACAUCUCCUCCACCCAGAGCAAGAACGCAAUCAAUUAAGAAGCCACUUGUGUCACCGCCUCCGCCUCCAAAACCAUUAGAAACACGAAAUUCAGAUCAUUUUGAAACCAAAUUCUAAAAGGACAUUAAUAAGGACUGUUGAUUAGUGCACUUUCUAUUUUAAAAUAUAUUAUUCAUCAGGACAAUUUCCUUAACCAGUCCAUCUAUUUUAUUGUUAAUUAUGUCUCCAGUUCCAAAUACUGAAUCGUCUUUCCAAUUUGCUAGAACCUAGUUUAAAAGUGCAUUGUUAAUCACGAAAAAUCAUGUAGAUUUACGAGAAAAUUUGUACUAUUAUUAUCCUUUUAGCAUUUGUAGAAUCAAAAUUUGCACAUAAUAAUGUAAAGUGAUAAUAAACCAUAGAGGUUAAAGUAUGUAUACUGUGUAAACAUUCAUUGAAUCGGCGGUGCUGGAAGCAAGUAUGUGCUGUAUACUUCUAUCAUGCAACAGUUAAAAAGAUUGUAAUUAUUAUUAUUGAUAAAAUUAAAUUACUUUAAAUAUAUCCUGCAAGACAUACUUAUUAGAAUUGAGUCCAGUAUUAAUGAGUACUUUAGAGCUGCCUGGGAAACUUAUCCAAUAAAUAGAAAAUAGAAAUAUCCCGGCAGUAUAUAGAUGGUGCUGAAAUAAUGGGCGUUGUGUAUGUCUAUUAUACAACAGGUCAACAUUUUAUUGUAAUUAUUGUUGAUAAACUAUGUUAAAUAUAACAGGAAAUGAGGAAAGAGGUGAACAUUUUGUCCUGUCAGGAUUCCUGUCCAGUCAAAGAGAAUUAGAAAUAUCCUGCCAAUGUAGGUAAAUUUUAACAUUUUGAUAACAAAAUAACGAAUGCCUCUUAAAUGACGUACCAUGAAUAUACCUGGUGAUUGGCUAUUCUACUGAUGUCAAAGGUUAGUAAUAUAGCCAACAACCAUAGUAAUAUAUGCCAAUAACAGUUUAAUAGUAUGACUUAAAUCCAAUAUAGAAAUAUGGCUCAAACUAGACACCGAGUCUGCUUCCAGAGUCGUUCAACAUGUUCUGUAUAAUGAUUUAUUUUACGAGCUAGUAUUGUGAUAUUUGUUAUACGUGUCCUUUUAGACACAACAUGACUAAACAUGACAGGUAUCUUUGAAAACGAGAAUGAGAUUGGCUUUCACGUCCGAUUUUUGUCACGCAUAGGCAAGUUUCUUGGUCAUUAGAUUCAGUCACACAUAUCAAUUCCAUGUACAUAAUUUUGCUGAAUCAUUCAGUUAGAGAACACAUACAUUGUUAUUGCAGUAUCGACUGGAAUCAUGCGUUGUGACGAAAUCUACAUAUAUACACACAUGUUUUUUGGUUUUUUUUAACUUUUAUUUAAAGAUGGUAACAUAUUGAUGCGACUUUUCGAAGACAAUGAUGUUUCCUUUUUCUGACAUUAUUUGCUGAAAUAAAUCACGUAACUCCAAUUCCGAUAUAAAUCAUUGAAUGUACUUUACUCACAACUUUCUUACAACGAUAUUCAUUAUGAUUGUUUCAAUUAUUUAUAAGAUAGUAUCAUUUUUUAUAACUCAAAAACUUAAUAGUUACUGCAGAAAACUUCCUACAAAAUUGGGAUAAUAAUUGAAUCAGGUUUCUAUCGAAAUGUAGAUAUCAAGAAUUCAUAAACUUUUUAUCCGCAUAAUUUCAUAAAAAUUUAUUUUACUGCAAGCAGCUUUAGGCCUAACAGGUGUUGUCUUAAUCCAGAAAAACUUCAUAGAAACGUUCGUAUUUAACUACUGGUGAAACUCCCAAGUUUCAUAGAAAGUAUUGUAUUUUAUUGCAUAAUACUCGAAAUUUCAUUUAAAAAAAUAUUGUAUUUUAUCCAUAUUAUAGUUAUAUUUGAAUCCAUAAUUUAGUUAGUAUGUUGUCUCCACUUGUUGGCAAGUUUCUUUGAUAUCAGGGUUACCUUAGUUGUAUUCAUUUUGUUUUCUAGCUUUUUUUUCUAUAUAGAGUAUUAUUAAUUUUCUUCUCAAAAUACCGGUAUUGAUUAUAUUUUAAAUUUCGCAUAUUGAUUAUAUCAAAAUGUUUUUAACGUGAAUUAUUAAUUACAAUUUUUAAAUUGAAACCUUAUAACAGCGUUCAUUCUAUUUGAUAUUUGAUGAACAUGUUUUAUCGUUAAGUGAAAAUUACACUUCAUUCAAGGUGUAUACCAUUUUGUCGGGGGAGGGCGGUUUACAAUACGAGUCCAGACAGUUAUUAUCUAUGUUUCGUCUGUGGAAUACCCCUCGAAAAUAUUAGACCUGUCUGUGUGAAGAGGUCCAUCUUGUGACAAUCAUGCCCUUAGAUUUAAUUUUCAUUUUUUAAUAAACAUACAAAUAGUAACUGAAUUAAAAUUAACAAUAAUAUAAUUAACGUUAAUAAUAAUGACUGUAUUAAAAUUGUCUAACCAUUGUCUACUACGUGGUUUCUUUUUGGGUGUUUGUGAGUAGCUUAUCCUGGCAAGGAGGUUGCGCAUAGACUACCAAUAUCACGACUUGUUUGUACCAUUUCUAAUAACAGAUUUUUAUUAUCAGAACAAUAUACUGUACUCAUUAAAUAUUCAUCUUAAUUGAUGCCGCUUAAAAUAUUA